ACAAAGCUCUACUAAAUAGUUCAUCUCCUGUUUUCUUUCAAAUAAUACUUCAUGGUGGCAGCGUAAAUGGUUCGCCCGGAAGGACUGAAACUAUCCCUUGCAUGUAAACGUUGUAAGGAGGGUAACUACUGCUUCUGUGUUACCUAAACUGGUGAAUCGCGGGAAAAAGUUCACGCUCACUGCUAUCGCGGUAUCAUUAUAAAAGAAAAGCAAGCAUAGUUCAUGCCGUUUGAGCCACUGUGCACUGUUUCUCAGCGGAACAUCAAGAAGCCCGAGUACAAGUUCACCAGCGGAAGAGUUUCACUGAGUUCACAUAAAAUUUCCUUGCGCAUCCUUAGUGAGAGCUGUGACGUGCGUGAUUACAGAGCCAAACAAACGAAAUGGCAGCGCACUUACCUGUGAUGAACUGGUCCGACCAAGACCUAAGUGAGGCAAUGUCCUUAUUUAAACAAAAAAUGACUCUUUAUCUUGAAGAUGAUGAAAUAACAGAUGCAGCAAAGCAAGCAAGGAAAAUAUGUCGUGGUAUUGGAGAUGAAGGACUGAAACGGCUGAAUGCCAGUGGGCUUAGUGAUGAUGAAAAAAAAGUGCCAAACACGUUAUGGAACUUUUUCGAAGGUCAGUUAAAACUUAAUGUUAAUUUCAGAAUUCACAGACUACAAUUAAUGCAGUACAGACAAAAACCAGGAGAGUGCAUUGAUGAUUUUGUGACUAGAGCCAGAACUUUAGCACUAAAAUGUCAGUUCACAGAUGAAGAACUCAAUGAACGUUUAAUUGAGCUCAUCAUUGCAAGCACUCCACAUGAUGCUCUGCGAAACGAUCUUUACAGCAAACCUAAAGGAUACCUCAUUACUGAUGUGCUGGCAGAAGGGCGAAAAUAUGAAGCUUUGUCAGCAGGCAAUGAACAGUUACAUCAGCUUGGGUUAUCACAUACUGAAAAAAUCCAUGCUAUGAUGAGAGGUCGAACGUGCCAGAGAUGCGAUACACACCACAAGCCACACCAGUGUCCAGCAUAUAAUGAUGUGUGCUCUGAAUGUGGAAAAAAAGGUCACUGGAUGAAGUGCUGCAAAAAGAACAGACAGCGGAAACAAAACUCCAGUUGUAACCGAAAAAAUCUCCAAACAGAAAGGACCCGGACCGCCCCACCUGGGGAUCGAACCCAGGACCUUUUUGCUGUGAGGCGACAGUGCUACCACUUAGCCACCGUGCCACCCGGCAUAACAACGACUAGGCUGGCAUGACUUAUGAGGUUAUAUGAGUGUUGAUGAGGCUGUUGGAGCAACCAGGCUUCCAGUUCCUCCACAGCUUGAAACUGCAGCUGCAGGUUCACAACUAAUGUUUAUGGCAUUGAUCAAGGUACUUGACAGUGAUGUAAUUGUCAUAGUUGUUGGUGCUGAAGAAUAUUUGGUCUUCUUUGCCCUUCGGCUCUGACUCUUACUUCCAAGAUGCCCAUCAUCAAUUUGCUUUUCCCUCCUUGCAGCUCUGAUACACCUAGACUCUAUUCGUAACCUCAGCCUGAUGUACCUGGUGAUAAUUUUUUUUUUUAGAUCAUGGCAUAAGGGAAGCUUGCUUUCCAGGAGCAUGGCCUCUCUUUCCAGCAAUGUCACUGCAUCAUGGAGCUCCAUGAUGGAAACACUUGUUCUCACCCGGAACAGCUGCUCAGCUCUACAGAUGAGAUCAAAUGCUUCAUCUGAUGGCUGGUAAAGAGCACCCCUCUUGAACUCUUUCAGUCGUAGUAAAAUGCUGCAUUCUCCAUCAGGACUCUCAUUGUUGCCUGUAAUUGCAGCUUUGCAUUUCUCACAAACUGUAGAGUUAGUGAUUACCUUCUUAACAAUGUAGCCUGCAAGAUGGUAUAAAACACAUGUGUCUGUUUUUGUUAGUUCAGGUGCUGCUCUUGAAUCCAGUAGCUCCUCCACCCUCAGACCAGGACUACAGAAGCUGUCAGUUGUCUCCAGGAAGUCUGCUAAAUGGUCACUUUCAUCCUCCUGGUAGCUUCCAGUUUUCACUGUUGACAGAAACUGUCCAACUGUAAUUGCUCGCAGUGCAUAACUAAACUCCACUGGAGUUGGGACAGGAUUCCUCUGUCUAAUACAGCUGAAGGUGUUUUCCAGGCAGUCUUGUGUGAAUCUGCUUGUCAACACAAACUUGUGUCCCUGGCUCAGCAUGUCUUGCUGGAUUUCCAGUAUUGUUGAUGUAGCCAUCACAACUCCGGUUUGUACUGGUUUCCAGGUUCCCUUACAACCGAUCUUCAGACCACGAAAUAGAUGGAUCAUGUCCUGUAGGAAGCUAAUGGCUUUUUGAUACUCAUCUGGUUUGAAUUGGCUCAAGGCUGUGAUGACAUGGCGUGAGGACAUAAGAUCAAACCAGUGGUCAACUUGCUCUAGAAACCAAGAUGUUGUGAGAUAAAAUUUGGGCCGUUGUUCCUCUUCCACCAGGUACUUGAGGCCAGCACUUGUUGCCUUGCUGAAGACAUGCAUCGCAGAGCUCACCUUCAUUUUUUCGAAGUGGCUGGGUUGAAGUGUUUUUCUGGAAAGAUUUGGAACAAUUUUUAAAGGCAUCCCCUCUUGAAAUAUUACCAGAUCUUGUAAUGGACCAAUGGAAACCUCAUUAGAUGAAAGUUUUUCCUUUCCAACCACAUCUGGUGGAAUGAUAAACGUCUGUCCACGGACCAGAGCACUUUUCAGGUUCUUUACCAGAUGUGGAACAUCUGGCAUGAAGUAAAGCCUCCUUUGCGACUGGACUGGAUGUGGGACCGAUGUUUGAUUGUGGUGAACUCCAAAGGACUUCCACAUUGCUCGGUUAGGGCUGCCCAUGUCUGUUGUGACAUUCACCACAUGAAGCCCUAUAGAGGCUGCCAUUUCUGUUAUGGUAAGGAUGAUUGGCCGGUAUACUGCCCCAUCAGUGGAAUUACCACUGUAGUGGUAUGCCACUAUCUGUUUCCAUCGUGUGGUGAUUCCUGCCAACAUAAAAACACAGGCAUGUGUUGCAGCUCCUGUGUGAUUGGGUAGCGUCACAUCCCCAUACACCUUGCCUGUCCCCAUAUGCAGCUCCACACUCGGAGUGAUGGCCAUCUCGUCCAAAGUAAGCACACACUCCCUCUCAAACUUUGUGAGGCCAUCAGCUUUCAGUUUUAGCAUCUCAAAUACCUCCCCUAAUACUCCUGGCUCCAGCUUAAUGUGCUGCAUCCUUCUUUGUAUGGUUCUUAUGUCCGGUAGUGGAAUUUGCAUUUCCUGGAGCAUUUUGUAGCCAGUGGUACCUGCAGUGAAGCGGAUUUUUAUUGCUUUUUUUACAGUUUCAUUUCUUCUGAAUCAUAAUGUUUUUCUGCCUCAGUGCUGCAUUUAUUUUUUUCUGCUGUUUCAGUGCGCUCUCUGCUCUUCUUCUCAUUGCUCUUUCAGUUUUCAGUUCCUCUUUCAGAUCUUGCUGACUGAAUUCUGGCUGAUUGGCUCCUGGUUCACUGCCUGGAUGCUCACUGCCUGGAUGCUCACUGCCUAGAUGCUCACUCACUGGAUGCUGACUGCCUAGAUGCUCACUCACUGGAUGCUCACUCACUGGAUGCUGACUGCCUAGAUGCUCACUCACUGGAUGCUGACUGCCUAGAUGCUCACUCACUGGAUGCUCACUCACUGGAUGCUGACUGCCUAGAUGCUCACUCACUGGAUGCUGACUGCCUAGAUGCUCACUCACUGGAUGCAUUUGAUCCAUACAUCUGCAUUCCUUUCUCUGACCGAUUGGUGCAUCCAAAUGCUGCACAGCCAACCAUGGUACGACAGUGAAUCUACAAAAUGUUACAUGUAGUCAUUUUUUUUAUUUGCACACAUACAUUUUUGCUCAUACUUCACCAUUUUGUCUUGUCUUGUUGUUUCCUCUUACAUUGAGGAAUUCUUAAAUAAAUCCCUAUAUUUGAAACCUAAA